AUGCAGAUUCAAACGAAAAUUCUUGAAGAUAGAACGGGACGAAAAUGUCGAGAAAGUAAAGCAGGAGAGAGAAAAAAAAAGAUUCUUUAUAUAUUGAACCGAUUAAUCAAUAUAAAACUGGAUGAAAUUGAAGAAUUUAGCGGCUCAACAGAACAUAUGGAAUACUUACUAAAUGUGACAUUUACAACCACUACUAACCUUGGUGAUGCAAAUUCUUCAAGUGAACUCAUGGUUGCAUUGCAAGAUAAUAAUGAUAAGGCUGGAACAUCUUUAACUAAGCAUAUGGAACCCUUACAAACUGUGACUUUUACAACCACUUCUAACCUUUGUGAUAAUGCAAAUUCUUCAAGUCAACUCAUGGUUGCAGUGCAAGAUAAUAAUGAUAAGGCUGGAACAUCUUUAACUGAGCAUAUGAAACCCUUGCAAACUGUGAUUUUAACACCCACUUCUUUAAGUGAACAUUUAUAUGGCACACCUACUCAUAACCUUAAUCGUAAACAGUUCAUCCCUCAUUGUGAGAAAAAUCUGAUACCAGUAUUGCAUAUGACUUUUGAAUCAUUAGAAGAAGGGGUGAAAUUUUAUGAAACAUAUGCUAAGGCUUGUGGUUUUGACAUUAGAUCAGGGACUAAGAAAGUCUAUAAAGGUGUUGUUACAUCUAAAUACUAUUUGUGUAAUAAACAAGGGAUGAGGGAACAAAAAUUAGGUGCAUUAAGAAGAAGGCUUGUAACUCGUGAAGAUUGUUAUGCUAAAAUUGUUUUUCAAAGGACCAAAGAGGGUAAAUAUUGGGUUUUUAAGUUUAUUGAAGCACAUAGCCACAUUCUUGCCUCACCUAUUUCUAGGCAACAUUUAAAAGGGUCAUCUAGUUUAAAUAGUGGACAAAAAAGAUACAUUAUGAACAAUUUGAACUUGAAUAAAGGUCCAACAAGUUCAUAUAGGAUGUGGAAAGAACAAGUAGGAAGUUAUUUGAAAGUUGAUGAUACUAAAUCUCUAUCGAAGGCAAUUUGGGCUGAUGGUAUUAGUAGGAGAAACUAUUCAUUAUUUGGUGAUUCGAUAUCUGUGGAUGCUACUUAUGGUACUAACAAGUAUAAUCAAAUUUUUGUUCCAUUCACGGGUGUUGACCAUCACAAAAAAUGUGUUACUUUUGCUGUCGGUCUUAUUAGUAGGGAAGAUGUAUCUUCUUAUACUUGGUUAUUUGAAUCUUUUUUGAGGGCAAUGAAUGGAAAACAACCAGAUUCCAUUAUAAUAGACCAAGAUCCGGCCAUAAAAAUUGCUCUACCCAAUGUUUUUGACAAGUUUGUUCAUAAAUUCUGUUGUUGGCAUAUAAUGAAGAAACUAACUGAUAAAGUUUCUAUUGAGUUACGUAAUGAUGAUGAGUUUUUAAGAAGAAUUAAUAGACUUGUAUAUAAUAGGGAUAAUGAGCCCCAUGAAUUUGAAGAUCAGUGGUCAAAAAUGAUGUCGGAUUAUGAGCAUGCUAAUUUAAGAAAUAAUGACUGGUUGAAUAGUAUGUAUGAUAUUAGAGAAAUGUGGGUGCCCGCAUAUUUUAGAGAUCUUUAUAUGGGUGGUUUGUUUAGAACAACAUCUAGGUCGGAAAGUGAGAACAAUUUUUUCAAUUACUUUGUGAACAAAUUUCUUACAUUAGUUGAACUCCAAAUGAGGUUUCAAAGUGCAAUGGAUGUUCAACGUUAUAUGAUGCAAACACUAGAUAAUAAAUGCAAGUUAUAUUCUGCACCUUUGAAGACUCGUAUCCCUCUUGAAAAACAUGCUUCUAGUGUCUACACAGAUGUUGUUUUUAAGGAUUUUCAAGAACAAAUUCUUAGCGCACGCGAUGAGUGUGGUUUUGAAAAGAAUUUCGUUAGAGAUGGCAAGGAUGUGUAUCGUGUGGUACAUUUCAACACUGGGACAAUUUUUGAAGUUGUGUAUGAUGCACAAACAUUGUAUGUUGAUUGUUGUUGUAAGUUAUUCAAAAGAGUAGGAGUCUUAUGUAAGCAUGUAUUAUGGGUUUUGCAUGCAAAAGGCGUUAAAUAUAUACCAGAACCUUACAUAUUGAAAAGGUGGUCAAAAGAUGCUAGUAAAACACCUGUCUAUGAUAUUGAUGGCACAUUAUUGGAUGGUAAUAAUGCUAUGGAAUCUAGAAAAGGGGUUUUAGGAGAUGUUUGGAAUGAGGUACAUCGAUGCAUUAGUUUGGCAGAAGAUGAUGAGGAUGAUUUGGUUGAACUUUUGCACAAAAUGAAGUUGUAUUCAGCUGAACUUUUAGCAAAAAAGAAUCGUGGGCUUGAGAAGACAAAACGUCAAGAGUUAGAAAAGUUUUUGGGUUUUGAAGCUCCUAAAACAAUUACAAUUCAAAACCCUAAACAAUCUUCAAACAAAGGCAAGAGGAAAGAAAAAGAUCCAAAACAAAAGGAUACUGAAGAUGAAGAAGAGCAAAGGAUGACCAAGCAAUGA